CUGGAGGCAUGCUGGGGCCUGUAGUUUUUAGUCCGCUCCAUCCAGUCCGAAGGAGCCGGCGAGCAGAGCCAUGGAGGGCGAGGGCGGCUCGGUUCUCUGCCUCUUCGACGUGGACGGCACCCUGACCGCCCCUCGGCAGAAAAUCACUCCCGAGAUGGCAGAUUUCCUACAGGCUUUGCGGCAGAAGGUAAAAGUCGGCGUGGUGGGAGGCUCAGACUUCGAAAAGAUCCAAGAACAACUGGGGGAAGACGUGAUUGGAAAAUACGACUAUGUUUUCCCAGAAAAUGGUCUGGUGUCAUACAAAGAUGGAAAAUUUCUUGAGAAACAGAGCAUCCAAGACUAUAUGGGGGAAGACCUGCUUCAGGAUUUGAUCAACUACUGCCUGAGCUACAUUGCAAAAAUUAAGCUCCCCAGGAAAAGGGGCACUUUCAUUGAAUUCCGAAAUGGGAUGCUGAACGUUUCUCCCGUUGGCAGAAGCUGUAGCCAAGGGGAACGGAUGGAGUUUUUUGAGCUCGACAAGAGGGAACAGAUCCGGGACAGAUUUGUUGCUGAUUUACGACGUGACUUUGCAGGAAAAGGCCUUACGUUUUCCAUAGGAGGGCAGAUCAGCUUUGACGUCUUCCCCAACGGUUGGGACAAGCGGUACUGCUUGGGAAUUGUUGCCCAGGACAACUUCGAAAAGAUCUAUUUCUUUGGAGAUAAGACCAUGCCGGGUGGAAACGACUACGAAAUUUACACGGACCCCAGAACCCUCGGGCACAGCGUCUCUUCGCCCGAGCAGACGAGGGAGAUAUGCAAAGCCUUGUUUUUCAAAUAGAUUGCGGGCUGCUUUUGCACCGAAGGGACGCAAGCCGGGUUCAGUACCACGAUUGGACUCCAAAUCCUGGAAAUCGGGGGAAAGGGUUAGGGUAGUGUCCGAACUGUGGGGGGAGGGGGGCAGGGGUGGGCUUCAAAAAUUUUAGCAAGGGGUUCUCUGCCUGAUUGCUGGGUGGGUGUGGCCUGCCCCAUGGAGGUGGGGGCGUUUUGCCCUCCCCAGGCUCCAGAGGCCCACUACAGGCCAAAAACGGGCAGGCCCGUUUUUCAUCCUCCCCAAGCCUCCGCACGCAUCCUGCACUUACCUGCAUCCAAAACGGGCUGCGUGGGGACUCCUGGGAGGGGAGGGGUGGGUGGGGCCAGCCAGGAGUGGGAUUUUGGGGUUCUCCAAACUGCACAGAAUCUUAGCUAGAGGUUCUCCUGAACCCCUGCGAACCCCCAGCAGCCCACCCUUGGAGUAGGGGGGGAAAGGAGCUCCAAGUAUCCCAUCCGUCCACUCAGCUGUUCUGAACUCACAUAUUGCACUAUGCUACGCUUUCUUUCCCUCUGAUUAAGGAAGGAACGGCAUUGGCUUCGCACCAGGGAACGAGCCCUAAUCCAUGGUUCACAAACCAUCUUUGCACAGACUUGGUUCCCCACAAUAAAAUGGCCAGUUUGAUGGCUUGGUGCGGUUUGUGGGUCAGUUCCGUUUUGAGAAGGAAACAGCCAUUUUCCAAGUGGAAAGCAGGGGAGGGGAGGUCUUAAGAGUAAAUCUUGCUUGGGAGCCUCCUAACUUUGGGGGACGAGUCCUAACCGUGGAGACCCUUUCUUAGCAUGGAAGCACCUGCGGGAUUUGCUUUGUUUCCCAAGGCCCCUCUCCAGGGGUGGGCUUCAAAAAUUUUAGCAAGGGGUUCUCUGCCCGGUUGCUGGGUGGGCAUGGCCAUAGUAGGCAUGGCCUAGUCAGCCUCCUGCACCACAGCAGGGGAGGGCUUUUUGCCCUCCCCGGGCUCCGGAGACUUUUGUUGAGCCUCCAGGAGGGUGAAAAUGGCCUCUCCAGGCUCUGGAGGCCCUCUGGAGGCUGGAAACGGGCUCAUUUCUGGCCUUCCCAAACUUCCGGCAGACCUGUUUUGUGCUCUCCCUGAGCCUCCACGCGCGCCCUGCACUUACCUGCAUCCAAAAUGGGCUGCAUGGGGACUCCUGAGAGGGGUGGGGCAGGAAGGGGGCCAGCCAGGAGUAGGAUUUGGGGGUUCUCCAAACUGCACAGAAUCUUAGCUAGAGGUUCUCCCGAACCCCCAGCAGCCCACCCCUGCCCCUCUCUGAUGCCCCUCGUCCCCCCCAACAAUUUGUGGGAACAGCUCAGGAGACCUGAACAGCUUCACAUCUACCAAGGUAUUUCACAAAUCAUCUAUGGGGUAAGAAAUACUUCACUGGCCAAAAAUACGCAAUCCAGGCUGUUCUGUGUUUUUAGUGCCAAGUAAUUCUUAAAACUCAGCUGUUGGGUGAUUCAGUUUUUCUGCUACAGAACAAGGAUAUUCAUGUUCCAAUGAUGUUUGGAGAUUUUUCUGAAGGAUGCUGGCUGACCCCAUGCUUAUGCCCUCCGUUCUUACGCCAUGCCUGCCCUGCAAUCUGGCCCUUCCCACUCUUUGUAGUGCCUUUUUUGGGGAAAGAUAGUGCAAAACAUCUGGAGAACUUGGGAAGCUGGGUUGAGAGAAAUGUCCUGACUUUUCCCCGAGUCCACCUUUGUUCUGGGCCCUUCUUGAAUCUGAGACAGAAUUUGUUGUUUCCCUUUUAUGUUUGGAAUUUAAUGCACUGGAGAAAGAUUGGAGGGUUUUCAAGUCUAAAAAAAAUCAGCCGGGUUGAUCUGCAAUGAGAUUUCUGGAAACUGUACUGUACUGUAUACCUGGAUGAAUCUAGAUCCUCUCUCAUUAAAAUCUCUGUGAAUCGUUUGCA